AUGACCCCCCUCAACAACACCACAAACCCAGCUCCGCCGCCGCCACAAGGCCCCCCAAAAGUAAUGUCCCACGUCAACCUCAUGACGGACACCGUGAUCGCCAACCUGCCCCCAGUGGCUUUACGUUCCAUUCUGAGAGCUCUGCUCUCCGCCGCGGAUCCGUCUGUGACGGCUUCCUUUGAAGCGCGGACGAGGGAGUACCUGAUGAGCAAGAAGACGACUUCUUCUUUUUCUGCUUCGCGAGGAGAAACGGAAAAGGAGGAGGAUGCGGCGGCGGCGGCGGGGAUCGUGCGGGCCACGGUGGGGUGUGGCAUGUGUUGGGAAGCGGUGGAGAUUUUGGCGGGAGAUGGUGGUGGCGGGGUGGUGCUGAGGGGGGGGAUUGGGGAUGGCGAUGUGGUGCAGGGGAUCACGGCUGUUCAGAAGAGUUUGGUGACGACGACGGGAAAAAAGGGGACGGGAGAGGAGAGGGAGAGGUUGCAAAGACUACUCCAAGCACUGGAGACUCACGACGGAGGAGGAGGAGGACUUGAACGGAGUAUUGCAUCUCUGAGAGCGCUGCUUGGGCUCGCCAGUCCGCCGACGAUGCAAGACGCUGCUGGCUUGCAGCCCUGUAUUACAUGUACUGUCCCUCCGCUCUCCACGAGAAUCGAAACUUUCGCCCUCGGCAGUAGGGUCCUCCCUAGACUCUUCUCCGGUCUCUGGCAGCUCUCGAGCCCUUCCUGGGGAACGUCCACGACAGCCUCCAUCCAGAGCCAGUUUCAGACCUAUGCCGCGCAGGGGUUUACGGCGUACGACAUGGCUGACCACUACGGUGAUGCGGAAAUUCUCUUUGGGAAAUUCAGAUCCUCAUGCUCGGAUCCGGAAGCAACCUUCGGAGCGACAAAGUACUGCGUUUUCGUCCCGACGGAGAUUACCAGGGAGCUUGUGGCGGCCAAUGUGACCGAGAGGUGUUCAAGGAUGGGAUCGAAUCAUGUGGAUUUGCUCCAGUUUCACUGGCAGAACUAUGAGGAUACAACGUAUCUGGAUGCGCUUCGCUAUUUGCAGGAGGACAGCAGGGUACGGAUGCUUGCCCUGUGUAACUUUGACACCCAGCGGAUGGAAGGGAUUGUCCAAGCCGGGAUAAAGAUACACACGAACCAGGUCCAGUUCUCGCUCAUUGAUUCUAGGCCAAUUUCCAAGAUGGGCGCGGCAUGUAAGAAGCAUGAUAUCAAGCUUCUGACAUACGGCACCCUUUGUGGAGGAUUUCUCGCAGACAAAUGGCUAGGUCGGCCAGAGCCAGAACUUUUCCUCGAAAGCAUCACGCCUAGCCAGCGCAAGUAUUACGAGAUGAUCGUCAACUGGGGUGGAUGGCAGCUCUUUCAAGAGUUGCUGCAGGCGCUGAGAGAUAUUGCGACCAAGCACCAUGUUGCUAUUUCAAAUGUUGCAACCAGAUGGGUCCUCGACUUUCCGUAUGUGGGCGCGGUGAUUGUUGGUACGCGGAUGGGCGUGAGUGGCCAUGCUGAGGGGAAUCUAGCGACAUACGGCUGGACUCUUGACGAGCAAGACCAAGCGGCCAUUGAGCACGUGCUUUCCAAAAGUCGUCGAGAUAAGAUGAUCGAGCUUCUUGGGGACUGUGGAGGGGAAUAUCGAUGA